UAUUGGGGUCUAAGGCAUGAAUAAGUGGUGACCAGUUUUUUGGUUUCAACGUCCUAUUUUUCAUUUGUUGCUAAACGAAGAAGAAUCAUCAAAGAGAAAGGUUAAUAAUUGUUUUUAUUUGGAAGAGAAAAAUUAGAAAUGGCAGAAGGACAAGUCAUCCCUGUUAAAAGCCUUCAGACAUGGAAGGAUCAACUCAAGUUAGGAACCGAUUCCAAGAAGCUGGUUGCGGUGGAUUUCACAGCUACUUGGUGUGGUCCAUGCCGUUUCAUUGGUCCAGUUUUUGCAGAUCUUGCUAAGAAGACACCCAAUGUAAUCUUUCUCAAGGUGGAUGUAGAUGAAAUGAGGGAUAUUGCUGAGGAAUGGGGAGUAGAAGCAAUGCCAACCUUCAUAUUCUUCAAAGAAGGCAAGGCAGUGGAUAGGGUUGUUGGUGCCAAGAAGGAAGAACUAGAACAUGCAAUAGCCAAGCAUUCAGCUUCUUAUUAAAUUUGUUGUAAUAUCAAUCCCUACUUUUUAGACCCAAUUUGCUUAUUAUUCUCAAAAUAAGAUAAUUCUAGAUGGUUACUAUCAAUGAAGCUUUUGGUAACA